GGCGGCCACGACAAUGGCGGCGCCAUGGAUUGGCGUCGGAUACCUUCUUGGAGGCCUUGUCGAGGUCCCCUCCCUCCCGUCGUCUUGCUUUCUUGUGGCGAAAGCUCCAGCUCCCCUUGAGGACGGUGGCGGUGUUUUGUCGUCGCAUCCCUUCCUGGAGGCGCCAUCCGGGGUGCAUGGAAGCAAGGUUGGCGCUUGCUGCAGGUUUGGUUGCGGUUGGUGGCGGCUUUCAGUGCAUCUUCUUCCACCGGUCUUCGUUUUGCAGUAUUGUUCUUAAGCUCGCGUUUGGAUGUGCGGUCAGCUGUGCUUGUGACGAGGUCGCGGGAGCGCUGCGGCUGUGGUUUGAGCUCUGGUUCCUCUUGCCUAAGGUGCUUUGUUGGUUUUGUCCAUGCGGCUCUCGGUGAGCUUCCUACCUCCCGACGGUACGACGCCCUUCGAGCCAGGGCGAGAGGAUUGUGGUCCUCUUUGGAGGGGGAAUCGGAUGGCUUGCUAGUAGGUUCUGCCGGAGUAGGCGAUGUGGCGAUGGCCACCGUUGCUGGUGCUGCUGGUUGAUUCUCACCUAUGGCCGAGCUAGCUGCUGUUCUAGAUGUUAGGCUGUGGUAAUUCAGGCUGAGCUCCUUCUUUUAUCUUUCGCUUGCCUGUAUUGCUGGUAGGCUGUGAGCUGUUGUAGCACUCUGUAUCUUUGCCGUUUCCCUGUUUUCCUUUCUUGUAAGUGGUGUACUUGUAAGUGGUGUAAUCCUGGCUGGUUGAUGGCUUUGUUAAUUCAAAGCUGGGCUAGGUUCGAGCCUUUCUUGGGCUCGGCCGUCGCCUCUUCUCUAAAAAAUAGAGGUAAUAGCACCAGGAGUCCCACAACUUGUCCUGAAUGUGAUGAUUUGGUCCCAAUCUUGCAAAAGGCAACUAUUGAGUCCCACAACUUGCACCCAAUGUGCAAAUCUGGUCCCAGCCAAUCGUACCACGACAAGUGGCGCCUAGUCAGCACAGUCGGUCAGCCCAGCGCUUUUUGCAUUUACCCCUGGACUUAGCACUAAUCAACCCGCACUACAUCACCUUACUUUAGCUACCUGGGUAUAUUCCUAGGAUAUUCUACUCAGCCCACUCCACUCCACUCACUCAUCUUUCUCUGCUCUCGACCAUCUCCUGCUCCCCAGCUCGUCGCCGCUGUCCGUCCAGCUCGCCGCCAUGGUGUCUUGGAGUGAAGGAUCCAGCUCUUCGUCCGACGGGUACUCUGUCACAAGUGAGGCUCCUGCUGCUGUCACCAUUUUUUGCUCUGAAUGGACAAGCCUUGCUCCAGAUCUUGCAGUUAGAUGUGAACAUCAGUGUGUCUGUGAGAAGUUAGUUUCCUUUGAAUCAGUUGACAGUGGAAGGAGGUAUCUUGCUUGUGCACAAAAGGAAAUACCUAAAUGCAACUUUGUGGAGUGGAUUGACCCUGAAUGGCCUGCCACUGUGAAGAUGAGUUUAGCCAGGGUUUGGGGCAUGUAUCAAGAUGAGAACAAGCUAAGGCUCAGGGAAAAUGUAGUUAAUGCUGAAGAGAAUUUUAGGGUUGUGAAAGAGAAGGAACAGAUGGAAAAGGAUCUGAGGUUUUUUAAACUAGAUUUUGCUAAGAUGGUGGCUGACAAGGAGCAGGCAAUUACUGAAUUGGGCAAUGCAAGACUUGCUGUUUCUGACCUGAAGCAAGAGCUUGAGAAGAAGAUGUCUGAUAAAUCUAGCACUACCAUUCAUCAGGUUGUGAGGGCUAAGGCAGAGAAAGAGAGGGAUGAGAUGAAGCAAAAGAUGGACAGCAUGAAGGAACAGAUGGACAACAUGAAGGAAGAGUUGGACAAAGUUUUGUCACAGAGGGAUGACCUGAAGAAGGAGAAGAAGAAACUUGAGUACAUGAUUGGUGAUUUAUUCAGGCACAAGGAGGAGAACAAGAGCAAGAUAAGGAGGUUGAAUGAGAUCUUAGAUGAAUUUGAGUAAUUCAUUGCUGGUGUAAUGCUGCCUUAAGAUGGACCUUUUAAUUAGUUGUAUUCCUGUAGUGAACUUGGUUAAUUUCCAUGGCACUGAAUAUGUAUGACUGCUCUAAGUUAACUUAUUUCCUAUA